GGUCAUGUCUGUGUUUGUUUUUUGCCGUGUCGAGGUCAUAGCAAAUACUGCGGUCUAUCGUUCUGCUUCAGUGAGCCCAGUUAUCGAACGAAGUGAGUGAGAGUAGAAAAUCAGCUGCAACCAAAAUGGCAACGCUCGUAGUACCAUUUCUUCUUUUUCUUCUUAGUUUCGAGAGCACAGCAAAUGUAAUCAAUCAACCUGAAGACAUAACUGCUGAAGUCGGUGAUACCGUGAUACUUAGAUGUACAGUUGAAACAGGUUCAAAAGUGAACGUUUACUGGCAAACGGUAACCGGCGACUCCGUCAACUAUUUAACAGACAACACACGCAUUUAUCCCGGUACCGAUGCUAAUAGUAUAAACGAAAGAAUCGAAGUCGUUGGUGAUGCUAAAUCAGGAGUAUUCAAUUUGAAGAUAAAACCUAUUAUUGGUAGUGAUUCUGGAAAAUUCUUAUGUUUGUAUUUCGUCGAUGGAAUUCAUCAGACAUCUUCACGGGUCGCUACUCUUACGGUACUUUCUCCACCUUUUGAAGAGUACCCGAUUUGUUCUUUGACUCCAAAGAAUGACAUAAAAAUCGGUGACUUUGUACGAAUGACAUGCGUUACAUCAGGCGGAAUACCACCCGCUAAAAUUUAUUGGAAACGAUUUGAAGAAAUAUUGCCCGCAUACCGUCUCGAACAAGACGGGCGGACUUAUAUUUCAUAUGAAUUUACUUUAUCAGAAUUGGAUAAUGGUGCCGUGUUUACUUGUGAUGCCGAGUCUCCUGCCAUCAAAACACCGAGGUUCUGCAGUGUUAGACCUUACCGAAGUGAGACUUCCGUCCGAAUUCAAUCCAGAUCAACACCAUUAGUGGAUGGUAAAGAUGGUGUAUUUGAUUGCAUAGCGUCUGCAAUCCCCACGGCUGACGUCUUUGAAUGGCGAUUGAAUAAUCUACCUCUGGAUAAUGAUAGAUAUAAAUUGGAAAAUGAUAACCAAACUUUACGCAUAUCACCUUUGGGUAGUUCUGAUAAUGACAAUGUGAUUUCGUGCACUGCAGGUAACACCUAUGUUGUAGUAACCGGUAAUGCGUCAAUUAGUUUGUCUUUAACAAAAAUAGCCGCGGUAGACGGCCCUGAGAUUGUCGGUAUAUCUGUCGGCAUUAUUGUAGGGAUUAUUCUAGCAAUUGUCAUGGUAAUAUUUUUACUUAAAUACAAGAGGAAACGAGACUUCUUUAAGGAUUUAGAUUUUAAUAAAGCUUGCAGAAAUAGUUACGUGUUUCCACGUCAAUUUUUCUCAAGAAGGUCUGCUAAUGAAGUCUAUGAAGUUGAGCGGGAGAAUGAUCGACCCGAUAGUAUAGUAAUUGUCUGCUCGACACCACAAGAAGCAAUUAAUAUCCACAGCAAUCAACAACACAGAAUCCCCCAGAAUGAUGAUGAAGCACGUAACCCUAGGUAUUCUGUUGGAUUUUACAUGUCAAAUUGCCCUACAAAUAAUGAACGAACGAAAAGUGAAUCAGAACGAAUUUAUAAUGACGUGGAAGAAGAAGACGAGGACGAGACUCAAGCAACCAGUGAAGCAAUAUAUUCAAAUAUAGAUGAAGUCGACAAAAACGAACAGCGGAGAGGAGACCCUUCUACACCUCCUAAGCCCCCACCUCAAUCAUUGAAGCCACGUAUAAGCGGACCUAUACUAAAUUACAGCACCAACAACAGUGUAGACUUGGCUAACGCUAUCUUUGUGGGUAUCAUUGAUCAGCCGUAUUAAGCAUGAUUUUGAGUACAGUAUUUUACUGUUUUAUGAAGGCAAUAUAAUAUACACCACAUGUCUGGCCUCACCCAUAAUUUCUACUGCAAUUGAAUGUUGGAUGUACAACCGGGGUAUUUUGUACGUAAAUACAACAUACUAGACUUCACGGUCGGCCACACCCGUAAUCUAAUUAAUACUGUACUAAAAUCGAUUUGAAUCGCAGAGGAGGCAAAUAUUAUGUGCUAUAAAGAAUACAAUUAUUAUUGGUAGUACUCGUCACAGUCUCUGUAUAGCCUGCAUAACGUAAAAACUUGUGUGACAAAUAUGUAAAACAUGUAUUCAACUCAGUCCUCAUCCAACUCAUUUUUUAUGAAAUUUUGUUUACUAAGUGUUUAAAUUAUUUAUAAAGAGAAGUCUCAGACUCGAAUUGCUGCAGAUAAAAUUUAGGAUUCGUAAAAGUGGAAAAUAUAUUGUUCUGAAUGAAUGUACAAAGGGUAUGCUUGAAAAAAGACUGUUGCUCACAUCGUAAAUGUUGGAUAUGGAAAACGAUAGGCCUCAGAGAUAGGACAAUGACGCGAUUGGAAAGUGCUGUGUAUAUUAUUCCGGUGACAUAUUAAUUACCCUGGCAGUCGUUGAAAGGUCAUGAUUAAAGAAGCAGGUACAGAGCGUAUAUUAUGCAUAGAAAAGAGUAAACAUCUUCAUGUAUAGUAAUAAGGAAAAGAAGAUUAAUGUUAUCUAUUUUUUCAUAGAUUAUAUAUUUGUAAUAAGUGCCCUCUUAACAUGAGUAUUUUCAUUGUAUAUCAUUUGCGUUUCAACUGCGAAACAUACUUAAGUGAUGUUUAGCAAAACAAAAUGUUGAUAUUAUUGUUAUUGUAUAAUAUCAUUAGGGGUUGUUGCCCUACUUUGUAUAUUUUCUCACGCCAAAGUAAUCAUCACAUCAUGUUUGCAUUUUACAUAAUUUGAGCUGAUUUUUUUAAGCAAUAAGUUUAUGCACAUUCCAUUUGUAUAGAACACUCAUUAUAGGCCUAUGUGUAGGCCUAUACUUUGAUUUGAUCUUGUAGCAUGUGAGCCACUAAUCAAGGUUUAUAAAGUAAGGAAUAUUGUUGAUUUAGAUUCUAGGUGCUGGUCAUGAUAGAAAUCGACAGUUAUUUAGUAGGAAAUAUAAAUCAAUGUUAAAUAUCGGUAAACAAAAUAACCUGUCCAACACUCCCCUCCCCCUCCACGUUCAAUUUUGGUGCUACUGUAGCUUGGUGGUUAAGAUGCUUUGUCUUUCAAUCUCAAGGUCCUGGGAGACACCAAAAGCAACUCCAUUAUAAAAGCCUCAUAAAGCUAAUUAGUUUAUAGAACAUGAUUCCAUCCUGCAAUUUGCGAGGUGUACUAUUACAAAAUAAAAUAUGUAUAAAUAUACAGUACCGUACUGUGUAUAUAUAUAUUUAGUAUAUAUAUAUA